AUGAAGUCGGCUCUCAUCGGAAUCUUAGCACUGCUGUUUCUUCUCUUCGUUCCGGGCUUAACCCAAUAUAUCGAUGGGAAGUGCGGAUUUCUACCGAAUGGCAGGGUUCCAAAUAACAUCUCGAGUCCCUGGAUGGCAUAUCUACACACCACAGAACUAUUAUACGUGUGCGGUGGAACACUAAUCACAAAAAAUUUAGUACUAACUGCAGCGCAUUGUAUCCUAAGCAACCAAGAACUAGUAGCUCGUCUGGGGGAGUUUAUAGAAUCCGAGAAUGGAGAUGGCACGAUUAGAUCAGAGCACCUAGUAAACGAAACCUUCGUUCACCCCUUUUAUAAUUUAUUAACAAACGUCAAUGACAUUGCUAUUCUCGGCUUGGCCACGGAUGUUGUAUAUUCUGACUACAUAAGGCCAAUCUGCAUACCUUGGUGGACAUAUUGGAGGAAGUAUAUCGAUAAUAUCCAGGUUCUAACCGGUGCCAGAUGGGGCCCGACAACAAAAAUAACGGAAAGCAAUGCAUUUAGAACUGAAGACAUUCGACGGCAACCAGCAGAAAUGUGUUCCACAAACGACGGCACUGCAAUUUCAAACACUCAGUUCUGCGCUGGAGACUCUGAAAGCAAUUUUUGCAAUGUGGACUUUAGUUCUCCUUUGGGGGCAGUAAUAUCUUUCAGAAACUAUAGUCGCUUUGUUCUGAUCGGCGUGGCAACCGUAACAAAAACGUGCAACAAACCAAGUGUUUACACGGAUAUCCUAAGCCACAUUCAGUUUAUCCUGACGGUAUGGAGGCAGUUCGGAAAAGUUCAAACAACACAAACUAAAAGCGUUCCAAAACAGUUACCCGAAGAAGAUAAUAACAGGUUGUUUGUGUUGUCGGAAAAUUAA